AGAAACCAGGUCGCCAAGCCUCCCGAGAAGCUCUAUCUCGUCUGCAUCAUGAACUGCAUCCUCUGACAACACCCACCAACACCACCCGCAAUCCACCCAUUGCCGCCCAACCACACCUCGAUAUGAUACGCAGAUAACGAUGCAGACACUGUGGGCUCGCGUGGCGCAGGCAAGGGCCUCGUGCCACUGUCCUCAGUGUCUUCCACGCGCGAAUGGCAUCGCCCGAAGAGCAUCGGCCGCGGCGUCCCGCCGCAUACCGCAGUACCUCACGUCCUCGACCCUAUGGUAUUCGGGCAUAUUUGCAGCUGCCGCAACCUUCGAUGCGGCUGCGAAGAUGCGAAGGCGGGAGCAAUGGGACCAGGUGAUUUCCGAGAUGAAACAGGAGCUGAAGCAGCCGGUCACCACUACGGCAUGCCACACCACAGAAGCAGUCGUCGAGGAUCGGUUGGAGACAGAGAGCAAAGAGUUGGUAUACUCUUCCGUCGAAGAAUUGGACGACGAAGAAAGCGACAUAUUCCGCGAUGUCGAGCCUCAAGAAUCGAAGGCCUUUUGGCCUACCAACACAGGAGCCGCAUUGAAGAAGCACCACCUCGCUCCAGAAAGCAUAUUCGCUCCGAAUGAACGUCACGCGCAGGUGGACAAAAAGACGCUCACUCCUAAGAAGGUCGCCGAAAUCCAGAUGGCUCUCGAUAUGCUGCAAUUGGAGAUCUUCCAAGAGUUGCAGCGCCGCGGCUGGAGUCAAAAAGCGGCCAAUGCAGUUCCAGCCGACUUUGCCAGGAACAUCAUGCUCUCGUCCGAUGAACUUGCGCGCCAUAUGUCGAGGAAACGGGCAAAGCGGGAACGGCUCUUCCUCGCCGAGCCGUCACUGUCUGGCUUCCCAUCCGGCCUCGAAAGAUUGCAACUGUGCAACUUCACUCAAGACAACGCAUCUCUCUCACAACAAUCGGUGCGGGACCUCAACCGAACCAUUCGGGAGCUGUUCGACAUGCAAGCCGAGCAGAAGCUCAGCAAAGCCGCAUUGCUUGGCAGGCUGACAUACAAUCUCUCCAGCUGCUCGGCUCCUCCGAAUCUGAAGACAUUCAACACUCUCUUGAUUGGCUUUACCAGGAUUCAGGAGCCUGCCUUCACCGACAUGGUCAUAAAGCGUCUGCGUCGGGCACACAUGCGACCAAACGAAGUCACGUUGAACGCAGUUUUGCGGCACUACACCCGGACGAACCAGGCUCACGAGUUCGCACUAUGGCUGGCGUAUAUCCGUGGUAAGGGUGAGGGCCUCGCACUCGCUCGGCCCGACAUUACCAUCACCGAGGCCGGACGCAGUCGAUUGGUGCGGCAAGAACAUCGUCCCGACAAGAUCAAUCAGCUUCCGUACGGCACACCCUACGUGUUCAGAGCGGUAAUUGAAGGCGUCGUCAAAUUCGCUGGAUUCGACGCUGCACUGAGUGUUUGCCAGCGCAUGGGUGCGGAUGGAUGGGGCUUGUGCAUGGAGGGUUUCACGCCCUUGCUUCGGGACUGUGCCGAACGUGCGGACUGGCGAGCCGGCAUGGCCGUCUGGAGUCAGAUUCAGACGCUUAAAGCAAGCAGUCGGCGGAGGAUAAGCGGCCGGCUGAUGACCGAGCGAAUCGAACUUCCCACCUUCGCCGCCAUGUUGAAGCUGUGUAUGAGGUGUGGACAGGAUCAGGGCUUCGAGAACGUGUGGAAGCAUGCGGUCAGAGUACAUGGCGAUGUUGAGGACCGGCUUUUGCGACUGGUCAAAGGCGGCGAAGAACAAAAUGUGCGGAGGGCAGCAUUGCAGGCAAGCGGCGAAGUGGAGGAGACGGAUGCGACAAGCCCAGCAACACCGGCCUCGAUGCCAUCAACGAUGCCGCAACGAUCACCGCGCGUGGAGGCUACACCAAGUCUGGCGCGUGAGCAAAUACAGGAGCAGCAUGACGAUGCGGAUGUGAGGGAGUCUGAUUUCCAGGAAUCGCGGUCUACACUCAGCGGGGUAGAUGAACAAAUGCAGGACCGGGAUGACGCAGAGGACGUGUGGGAUGAGGCGGGUGCAGUGCAAGCCACUGAGUUCACCUCUCCACGGACUGCUGAUUACAAGUACGCCGGUGAUCGGGAUGACGGCAAGCCAAGGCAGGUAAGCUGCAGGCCAUUCGCACCGUUCCAACCAGGCGCGGCUCGGCUUCCUUUCCGACCCCUGGUCGGCGAUGCUCUUGUCGAGUACGAGAGUCGAGAACGGUCAAUAGUGAUGGCUUAAACGCCUGCGUACCGUGGUACUUGGGUAGUUUCAAUAUGGCUGCUCCCACUUCUGUGCGACUUGACUGUGCCCACGGUGGGGUUCCUGAGCGGACACCGUCGACCCACUUGGCCGUGAUUCUCAUCUUGUUUGCAUGCAGCAUGCACGAAAUGGUAAUCAUCUGAACGGGUGGAUGACAGCCGUUUGCAAGUGUAAUUUCCACGCUGGACGCACAGACUCGGCAGCGCGGCGGCGGAUGGCUGAGAGCCAAUUGGCAGGGCCGGCUCAUUUGCGACGGGCGGACGUGCCUUGCGGCUUCCGGUUAGAGCAGUUCGCAGCUUCCCAAACAUCCCCCAAGGCUUGAGCUGCAG